AUGGCCAAACCUCAGCCCUCCUGGGCUCUCGGUGUCCCGGGCCCCGACACACCCGCAUCACCGCGAACCAUGCGAACCCUCCGAAAGAUACAAUCCCACCAAGUGCUGUCAACCUCCAGCGCGCUCAUUGCCCAGACUCAGGCCUCUGACCAAGCUGCCUCCAAUGAAGCUGGCCCUGGAUCUGCAACUCGAGCGCGCGCACAUCGCCGAGCUCGAUCAAAUAGCGACGCGGCUUCUCGUGAAGCUGCAGCAACACCACCUGCGUCUCAAAGACGACCAGCGCGGAAAACAGGGUCGGGAAUUGGGGUAAAGCGCUCGCUAUUGGAGACUUUUUUGCGCGAUGGACCGCAGAGUUCAAAUCCCCACGAGGGACUGCGAGAGCUUAAAUACCUCGUCCUAUCCAGCAGAGUGGACGCUGACGGAGAUGGCAUGUCGCCAUACCGAAUCUACCUCUGGUUGGUCCUCCUCGACGUUCCUCCUAUGCCCACCGAUGACUACCUUGCUCUUAUCCACCGCGGCCGUUCUCCCGCUUACGCCAAAAUUCGCAAUGAUACCUUCCGCACACUAGCCACAGACCCUCUCUUCAAACGCCGAGUUACGGAGGCAAGCUUGAUUCGGCUCCUCAACGCUGUGGCAUGGAAACUCCACGACGCCAGGCCGAAACCCCGGUCUCGACCGUCAUCAUCUCGACGCCGUGAGAUGGAGCUUAAUGCGCCACCCAGCAUUGCAGAGGAGUCCCCUUUUGGUGGGGAACUUGAGAAGGUCACCAAUAGUAAUACAAGUGAUUCGGCCAUGUACGUCCAAGGCAUGAAUGUCUUGUGUGCGCCGUUCCUCUAUGCUGCCCGUAGCGAGGUGGAAGCCUUCGCUCUGUUCCAUUACUUUGUCACACGCGAGUGUCCAGGUUAUAUCCGUGGUGCUAUGGAUGGAGUGCACAGGGGUCUUCGCUUGGUUGAUCGAUGUCUUGAGAUUGUGGAGCCCAAGCUUGCAGCAUAUCUGUUCUCCAAGGGUAUGCAUGCCGAGCUGUACGCAUUCCCAUCGGUGUUGACCUUGUGUGCUUGCACGCCUCCAUUGCCAGAGGUGUUGCAUCUGUGGGAUUUCUUGUUUGCGUAUGGGUCACACCUGAAUAUUCUGUGCAUUGUCGCCCAGCUAAUCCGUAUGCGGGACCUAAUUUUCGAGAGUCCGAGCCCAAACAAAAUUCUCCGCUCAUUCCCUCCCCUCAACGCAAAGGAGAUCAUUGCUUUGACAGUUCUCCUUGUCCGUAAGAUCCCAGAGGACCUUUACGCAGAGAUGAUUAACCAUGCAAAAUAA